AUGGAGGCACAGCCCAGGCCUCAGCCUCCCAAGGCUGCCGGCCUGACCAAUAUCCUUAACAAGGAAGAGCACCCGGCCAGCACCAACGGUGCGCCGCCGCUGCGUGAUUCCGGCUUCUACUCGACGGCCGACGUGUCGAGUAAACAUACUUCGGCCGCCUCCUUUGUCAAUGGCAUGAGCCCUGCCCCCUCGGGCUACCAGUCGUCGAUCGACAAGACGCCCUCCCCCGUCGCCGGCCACGUGUCCCACUCACUCGUCUCCCCGCCCGCCAGCCACAUGAGCGUCGCCUCGAUGGUGUCGCCCGCAUCCUCCCACGGCCCCGAAAUUCGCCGACCGGAGCACCAGUCCUCGAUGGAGUCGACCCAGAGCGCUUCGACCCUGGCCGGCGGACCCGACCCGGCACUGCUGUCGCGGCGCGAGAGCGUCGACAGCAGGAUCAACCAGGGCCUGAGCGACAUGCGCCUCGGCAACUCUCCCUACGCCACCCACAACCACUCGACCACGUCCAUCCAGAACACGCUCAACUCGCAACGCCACCCGCGCGCCGGCCUCGACGCGCCCCCCGUCCAGCGCAUCUCCAACGGCUACGCCCCCAGCGCCGAGCGCAACCCCGAGUCCAGGACCGCCAGGACCGCCCCGGCCAUCACCGGACCCGCCACCGGCCACAUCGCCCGCGCCGCCGAGCCCACCAAGGGCCAGGCCUGGGCCUUCCCCGAGGAGGAGACGAUACAAACAGCCAUCAACGAACACCGCCACCAGAAAGAGUAUAUCCAGACCAUCCAGGCCAAGUACCAGGCGCUUGCCCACGAGAACGACGUGCUCCGCCGAGAGCUCCAGGCUUACCGAGGGGAGGCCCCCGGCUCCCAGUACCGAGAUGCGUCCUCGCAGCCGCCGCCCCCGCCGCCGUCCGCCUCCGCACCGGCACCGCCGCCAUCGCAGCACGCCGGCGGACCCUACGAGUACGCCGCAGCAGGGUCGUCGAGCAGCAGCAGGACAGAGCUGCCGCCGCUGCGGUCGCUGAGCAGCAGCAUACACGGCGGAGGGGGGCCCGACUCGAUGAUGGGAGUGCAGUAUGACACGCCCGGCAGCGCCAACGGAUAUCGCCAGGAGCGUUACUAG